CAAGUAAGAAACAUGGACUCAUGUGGUUUAUUCAGUGGUGUUGUCAGAGUUAAAAACGAGCCUUGUGAUGUGUCGUUUACCGAAGAUGAUUAUAAAACUGUCGACAACACAUCCGAUACUAAACAUUUUCAACACUUGACGUUUUUACAAGGAAAUACAACCCAAAAAUUUCAAGAAUAUGACGAAAAUCGAGAAAAUGAACUCGAUGAAGAUAUAGAAAUAGUUGUCGAAUGUCAAGAUGUCAAACCUGACAUUAAUUUAUUGCCAGUUAGGAAGACGGAUGAUUAUUCUCAAAAUUACUUACGGAAUAUGAAAUACAGCGAAGAUUAUAAAACUCAACCCACAAUUAAAACAGAAACUCUUGUAAAAAAGGAAUAUUUUAGUGAUGAAACAACAAAAUUAUAUUCCGACUGUGAACUCAGAGAACAAAAUGAAAAAAGAAGUCCUAUUGAUAAGGAGCACAGUGAUAGAGGUCACAUGUGUGCCACGUGUGGGAAGAAAUUUUCAACAAAGGGCAAUCUCAAAACCCACGUCAACUCGAUGCAUAAUCACAUCACUCAUCCAUGUGACAUAUGUGAAAAAAAAAUUUGCAAAUAAGGGUAACCUCAAAACCCACAUCGACUCAAUUCAUUAAGGUAUGAAACAUACAUGUGAUGAUUGCGGAAAAUCAUUUACACAGAAAUCUAACCUCAAUACCCACAUCGACUCGGUGCAUAAAAAUAUCGCUCAUUAUUGCGAUACAUGCGGAAAGACUUUUAAACGAAAGGAUAAUUUCAAAAGGCACAUUACAGGAUCGCAUAGCGAUGUCACAUAUACUUGUGAUACUUGCCAAAAGACAUUCACACGGAAAGAUCACCUGAAAAUCCACAUCAAUUAUGUGCAUAUGAAUUGUACGUACGUGCGAAGAAUGCGGAAAAGCCUUCAAACGGAAAAGUUAUCUCAAAAUCCAGAUGGACUCAGUGCAUAAUCGCAUCACUCAUCCAUGUGACAUAUGUAAAAAAAAAAUUCGCAAGUAAGGGUAAUCUCAAGAUGCAUAUUAAUGCGGUACAUCAUAAAAUCACUCAUGCAUGCAAUUUUUGCGAAAAGAAAUUCUUAAGUAAGAGUUAUCUUAAUAAACACGUUCACUCUGUACUCGACGAAAUUGCGCGUCAAUGAGAAAAGGCGGAAAGACACGCGCAACCGAAAGUAUUAUCACAAAAGGCACAUCGAUGAGAUCUUCUACGAAAAAAAAAUUUAAAGAAAACACAUCUUGAUACGAUGCAUCGCACAUGCAUUACAAUUAUUGA